AUGUUUACAGGGUUUGGUGCAUUUGGUGGAAUUGCAGCUAUUCCACAGAAGUUUGAAGACUUCUUUAGGUGUUAUCCUAUGGCAAUGAUGAAUGAUAGAAUCAGGAAAGACGACGCCAACUACGGUGGCAAGAUAUUCCUACCGCCAAGUGCUUUGAAUAAACUAUCGAUGCUUAAUAUACAAUAUCCAAUGCUUUUUAGAUUGAGUAGUGAAGAAACUGGUAAAGUUACUAAUGGUGGUGUUUUGGAAUUCAUUGCGGAAGAAGGGCGUGCUUACCUUCCUAACUGGAUGAUGGAAACAUUAGGGGUUCAACCAGGUUCAUUAUUACAAAUAGGAUCUACUGAUAUUGCACAAGGACAUUUUGUCAAACUUGAACCACAAUCGGUUGACUUUUUGGAUAUAUCUGAUCCUAAGGCAGUGUUGGAGAAUGUGUUGCGUAGGUUUAGUACCCUUACUGUGAAUGAUAUAAUAGAGAUAAGCUACAACAAUAAGAUUUAUAGGAUCAAAGUUUUGGAAGUGAAGCCUGAAACACAAAGCCAGUCUAUUUGCGUGAUAGAGACUGACUUGGUGACCGAUUUUGCACCCCCUGUGGGUUACGUGGAGCCGGAUUACGAGGUUCUUAAAGCACAACAGACAGCGGCUCGGAAGCAUGAUGCUGCAAAUCAAAAGCCUGGUACUAUGUCCCGAAGAAUUAAGUACGCAGAAAAGGUGCGAGAAUAUGAUAGUGCUAAAUCUCUUUUUGACGGUGAGGGACAGAAGUUAUCUGGUAAACCUGUGACAAAGAAGGACGUCGCAACAAAAAAUGUGCGGAAUAUAUCACUUGAUGGACCGCCUGCGCCAUUAUUGCUAGAGGAAGGGCAACUAUUUUUUGGAUUUCCAAUAGUAUUACCAAAAGAAGAUGAUGAGGAAGAUGGAGAACCCAGUGAAAGUAAACCUCACUUCCAAACACAAGGACAAAGCCUACGUCAACGUAAUAAACGUAAGGGAAAGAAAGAUCAUGACGUACAGAGGUCUAAGGCACCGAAGAGUCCAGAGGUAAUUCAGAUCGACUAA